AUCAUUUGUGGAGCGAUCCCCUCACAUGACCAGAAGACGGAAGCCUCGUAAACAAUCGCUCUCUGACUGUCUUUUUCAAACAAACCGUGAUACAAACGAAAAGAAAACCACAAUUUAAUCGUGUUUUAUCAAGAUCUAAGUUGGGAUAGUCACCGGGAUCUCUGCUCAUCGAACUGUGAGACGGUAGGAGAGACCGAGAGAGAAACAGAGACAGAGAGAGAUGGGUCUGUCAGAGAAAGAAGAGUGUGUCUUGUUGGAUCAAAAGCUGCUUGUCUUUAUGGACCAACUGGAGCUGCUGGAGGAGAAACGAGAGCGACUCAACUCUCUAAUAGAACAGGGAUGGUUCUCCAUGUCCAAAGCGAGGUAUUCGAUGGGCAACAAGCAGGUGUCUGCUCUGCAGUAUGGGAGUGAGAUGGAACCUCUGGUCCGAGUGCACACCAGGACUCUGGAGAGUGGUGAGGCCGAGUUCCAGACAAAGAGAAGGACGCUGAAGUCUCCUGAAGAGAGACAGGUGGAGGACAUUGGACCUAAAGACAAGGAGGGUGUGAGGAGAAGAGUGAAGACGCAGGAGGUUCCAGAGAUAGACCAGAGUGACAACAAGCAUCCGUGGACAGAGACUGAGCCGGCUCCCUCCUCCAAACCUGAACCCAACCCCCAGCAGGACCCACUGAAGUGGUUUGGAAUCCUGGUGCCUCAGACCCUGAAACAGGCCCAGGCCUCGUUCAAACAGGUGGUAGAGUUGUCAGCAGAGGUGGCUACUCUCCAGUCUGCAGUUCUGACCACCAGACAACAGUUGCAGAUGAAACAGAAGAGCAGCAGCCAGAACCCGGACCUGACUGACUGACUUGACUGACAGACUGACCUGACUGACAGAUGGACCAGACAGACCAGACGGACAGAUGAACCAGGUUGACCAGACGAACCAGGUUGACCAGACGGACCAAACUGACCUGACUGACCAGAUCAUGGUUUAGCGUACACAGCCACUCUCUCCCACAUAGUAUAGUAGUACUUCUGUCUAGAGCACUUUAUACAAAGGCUGAGGGGGCUGCAGCACCCCUGAUAAAUAAAUACAAAAUAUACAAAUAAUAAAAUAGACAUCUUUUUUUUAUCACAA